CAGCUUCCUCAGUCUCUUUCUUAGCGCUUGUAAGGGAGGGACAGAAAAGUGAAGGAGCAAGUGAGUCUGUGCCGAGAGGCAGCUGAAGCUGUUCUUGGACUCACAGGCUACAGAGCAGGUUGCCAUGGCAUCUGGACACAACAUGAUGGCUCCCAUUUGUCUGGUGGAAAACAACAAUGAGCAGCUGUCAGUGAACCAGAAAGCUCUACAGAUUCUUGACAAGAUUUCUCAGCCAGUGGUGGUCGUGGCCAUUGUAGGACUAUAUCGUACAGGCAAAUCCUACUUGAUGAACCAUCUUGCAGGACAGAAAGAUGGUUUCCCUCUGGGCUGCACAGUGCAGUCUGAAACCAAGGGCAUCUGGAUGUGGUGUGUACCCCACCCCUCCAAGCCAAGUCACACCCUGGUCCUUCUGGACACCGAGGGCCUGGGUGAUGUGGAAAAGGGCGACCCCAAGAAUGACUCGUGGAUCUUCGCGCUGGCCGUGCUUCUGAGCAGCAGCUUUGUCUACAACAGCGUGAGCACCAUCAACCACCAGGCCCUGGAGCAGCUGCAUUAUGUGACAGAGCUGACAGAACUCAUCAGGGCAAAGUCCUCUCCUUCCCCGAAAGAAGUAGAAGAUUCCUCAGAGUUUGUGAGUUUCUUUCCAGACUUUAUCUGGACUGUACGGGAUUUCACCCUGGAGCUGAAGUUAAACGGUCACCCUAUCACAGAAGAUGAGUACCUGGAGAAUGCCUUGAAGCUGGUUCCAGGCAGAAAUCCCAAAGUCCAAAUGUCCAAUCUUCCCAGAGAGGCCAUCCGGCAUUUCUUCCCCAAACGGAAAUGUUUUGUCUUUGACCGGCCAACAAAUGACAAAGAACUCCUAGCCAAUAUUGAGAAUGUGACAGAAGCACAGCUGGAACCUGAAUUCCAGGAACAAACGAAGAAUUUCUGUUCUUAUAUCUUCAGCCAGGCGAGAACCAAGACCCUCAGAGAGGGAAUCACGGUCACUGGGAAACGGCUGGGGACUCUGGUGGUGACCUAUGUGGAUGCCAUCAAUAGUGGAGCAGUACCUUGUUUGGAAAAUGCAGUGACAACUCUGGCCCAGCUUGAGAACUCAGCGGCUGUGCAGAAGGCAGCCGACCACUACAGUGAGCAGAUGGCCCAGCGAGUGAGGUUCCCCACAGACACGCUCCAGGAGCUGCUGGACCUGCACGCAGCCUGUGAGAGAGAAGCCAUUCAAAUCUUCAUGGAGAACUCCUUCAAGGAUGAAAACCAGGAGUUCCAGAAGAAGCUUGUGAAAAUCCUAAACAAUAAGAAGGAGAGUUUCUUGCUGCAGAAUGAAGAGGCAUCUGCUAAAUACUGCCAGGCUAAACUUGAUCAACUUUCAACUGCCCUAAUGGAGAGUAUUUCAGCAGGAACAUUCUCUGUUUCUGGAGGUCACAAGCUUUACUUGGAAAAAAAGGAAAGGAUUGAAUGGGACUAUUGGCAAGUGCCCAGGAAAGGAGUGAAGGCGAAUGAGGUAUUUCACAGGUUCCUGCAGUCACAGGCAGCCAUAGAGAAAUCCAUCCUGCAGUCGGACAAAGUGCUCACUGAUGGGGAGAAGGCCAUAGCAGAGGAGCGAGCCAGGAAGCAGGCAGCUGAGAAGGAACAGGAGCUGCUGCGGCAGCAACUUCAGGAGCAGCAGCUGCGGAUGGAGGCACAAGAGAGGAGUCUCCAGGAAAACAUCGUCCAACUGAAGGAAAAGCUGGAGAGGGAAAGAGAAAACGCAAUAAGAGAGCAGAAUAUGAUGCUGGACCAUAAACUGAAGGUCCAAAGAGAUCUACUUAUUGAAGGAUUUAGAAAAGAAUCUGAAGAGAUGAAUGCAGAGAUAAAUUAUUUGAAAAAUAUGGUUGCUAAUGCUCAAAAUGAUGAUACUCCCUGGAUAGCAAGAGCUUUGGACAAAAUUGGCAGGGAGGUCACUUCAAUAUUGUCUCUUCCUGCUCAUCUUGUUGGUAAUUUUGUGUCAGGAUUCAGCUCAUUACUUAAAAAUAAAUAGUUCUCCUUUUAAAUAAAUUAUGUGGAUACAUGCUCUGUCCUAUUUUUGGUGUGUAUGCCUUUUGCUUUCAUUCACCAAAUUUUAAACAUAAAAAGUGCCUAUAGAGGAUUUAAUG